CCGUUAUCUUACGGGCCUGGCCCGGAACGUUGUCCACUUUCUCGAAAACCCACUCUUCUCACCCUCAACUUUCUUCAACAUCCACUCUCUCUUCACUUUAAUUCUCUCCCAUUCCAGUUCCAAUGGCACCACCAAUAACGGACUCGGAACCAGAAUCCGAAGCGCUGCGCCUCAAGGCCAUGGCGGAGUCCAAGUUCAAAGCCUCCAACAACGCCAAAUCCGCUCUCAAAUACGCGAAGCGUGCGCAGCGUCUGUGCCCGCACCUCGAUGGCGUGUCGGAGGCCGUCACUUCGCUCACUGUCCUCGCCGCGUCGGACUGGUAUAGUGCGCUCGGUGCUGAGCCCUUUGCAAACAGCAGCGUCAUUCGGAGACAGUACAAGAAGCUCGCACUGCUCCUCCAUCCCGACACGAACCCCAACGUGGCGUCCGAGGAGGCCUUCAAGCUCGUCGGCGAGGCCUUCCACCUUCUUUCCGACCGGAGUCGCCGCCGAGAGUACGAUGCCGAGCUCCGACAGAAGAUCAAGGCGGAGAGCGAGACGUUCUGGACCGCCUGCUCCACUUGCAGGCUCCUUCACCAGUUUCAGAGAAAGUAUAUGGGUCAAGAAUUGGUGUGCCCGAGUUGUGAGAAGAGUUUUACGGCUGUGGAAACGGUUCAGAGUGAUGGGGAUGGUGAUGGGGAAGGUAGGGUUAGGAGUAUGAGGUUGAAGUUGAAAGAGAUAAAUAAGAAGAAGGAGAAAAUUGGUGUGAGAGGGAAAGUGGAUAAUGAAGUGGGGGAUGAGAAGGAAGGGAAAUUGAGGAAGAGAAUGCGUUCAGUUGGGGAGGUGUUGGAGAGGUCCAAACCUAUUAAAAGGGUUAAAAAUGGGGAGGAAAUGAUGACAUUAGCUGAAUUUCAGACUGAGGUGAGGAGAAAGUUGCAGGAAAAAAAGUUGAAGGAAAAAGAAAAGGAAAAGGAGGAUGAUAGAAUUGAGAAGAGGAGCAAUCGGGUGGAGAGGCGGCGGGCAUUGAAAAACUCUGAAGGUUUAGAGGUUGGAGAGGGGAGGGCUUUGAGGAAGAGUGUGAGGCUUGGGAUUGAGGAGAAUCUUGUGGGUUUAUCGAAGAGAAAGGGAUUGAGAUCUGCGAGGCAUAAGGAUUCUGAUAAAGGGGGGUUGGAAAACAUGGCGGUGGUGGAUUCAGAUUUUUAUGAUUUUGACAAAGAUAGAGUGGAGAAGAGUUUUAAGAAAGGUCAAGUGUGGGCAGUCUAUGACGAUGAUGAUGGAAUGCCGAGGAAUUAUGCCCUGAUUGAUGAAACUCUUUCACUGAAUCCUUUUGAAGUGAGAUUAAGUUGGUUGGAUGUACAGAUCAGUGGGGAUGGGAGGAUAGUUAGUAGGGAGAAAAUGGGGUUUCAUACACCUUGUGGGAGAUUUAAGGUUGCCAGGAAGACUUCGGUGAAUUCGGUAAAUAUAUUUUCCCAUGUUGUGGAUUGUGACCGGGCAGCACGUGAACUUUACAAAAUUUACCCCAAGAAAGGCUCAGUAUGGGCGCUGCAUGGCGAGGGAAGUAUUGAUGCAGAGGACCGCAAGAGAUGCUAUGACAUUGUUGUAUGUCUGACAAGUUACAAUGAGGCAAAUGGUCUGAGCAUGGCGUAUCUUGAGAAGGUUGAUGGUUACAAGACAGUAUUUAGGCGGCAAAAGAAGGGGAGUAGUGCUAUUAUAUUUCUUGGGAAGGAUGACAUGUGCUUAGUUUCUCAUCAAAUUCCAGCACGGAAGCUUAUUUGUGAUGAAACCCCUGAACUGUUGAAAGACUGUUGGGAACUUGAUCCCGCAUCACUUCCUUCAAAUUUACUUACUAUUGGCGGCAUUGCUAAUUGAGGUUCCUUAUGUUUCUUUGCUUCAUGUUGUGGUAUUUCGAAGGGAGCACUUUCGUGGUUUUUUUCCUCUACAUAGUGGCUAGCAGAUCAGAACAAGAAAAAUAGAAUAAAAUUGCAGUUUGCUCAUAUAUAAAUACUUUUAGAACAGUUGGUGUUUUAUCACUUGGUGGAUCUUUUGUAUAAAGAUUGAUCUAAUGGUUGACCAAUUUUAGGAAAGGAAUGCAUUAUAUUUUAGAUUAUGCAGUGGAGGUGUAUUUUCUCUUUCAAUCGAGGUUAUUUUAAAUUUUUUCUUCUAUUUGUUA